AUGCGGGCGGCUUGCGCUCUCGUUGAUGACACUCAACAGCUGGUAAGUGGAGCUGGAAUCGACGAGAACCACCUACAGUUGGCCGACUCUACAAGGGCUGCAGUUGCAAACAUCACAAAAUUGGCUGAUGUCGUCAAACGCAGUGCUGCUGCCAUCGGGCCCGGCCACCCCGACAUGCAGGUAAGACUCGACCCACUUUGCUACUUUCGUUGA